CCAUUCUUGUUAUCUCAGUACUCUCAUGAUUCAUAAUCACACGUCCAGGUGUCAGAGUAGGUGUCGGAGUAGGUACCCUAUUCGUAACAUUCUUGGGACAUGCAUGGGCGAGGUGUCCAUACAACCCACAUAUCGAACAUAUGGUUGACAUUCCUUCGUAAGAAACGUAAUACCUCUCACCAUUUAUCAUCACUGACCCCUUUAGUGGUUUGUUGAGGUUCACUUCCACACAGAUUCUCGCACUACAAAAAAAGUUGCUAUUCAUAGCACAUUGUUAUAGCACGUUUCACUGAACUGCUGUCGUUGAUGAGUGAAUUUUUUUUUUAGUAUAGGUUAGCAUUAUAUUAAUGCUAUGAUAGAGUUUUGCUAAGCGGGAAGCUAAAAUUAGCUUUUCCACGAAACACUUAGUAAAAAUUAGCUAAUAUUUUCUGUUUUCCCUCUCUCUAAUCGGGGUUCCCUCUCUUCUCUCUCAUUUUCCCCCUUUCUCGACAAAACUCUAAGAGAAAUCAAUCUGGAUUCUCCAUCUCCUUCUCUCUCGUUCUCUCUCUAUUUCCAUCUCUGUCUCGAUUCUCCAUCUCCGGUUCUCCAUCUCCGCCUCGAUUCUCCAUCUCCGCCUUGAUUCUCCAUCUCUGAUUCUCCAUCUCCUCCUCGAUUCUCCAUCUCCUCCUCGAUUCUCCAUCACUCUCCUUCAUCGCUGCUUCUCCCAGCUCCGAUUCAACUCCUGUUCUACAUCUCUUAGGUAUAGGAAGUCACAAUUUCGAUAUCUCUGUCAGUGUUAAGCUGAAAUCGAAGUUUUAUUUUUUUGCUUUAAUUUCUUGGUUGCUUUGAUAUGUUGGUUGCUUUGAUUUCCUGUUUUAUUCCAGUUAUCUUUUUAUUUGGUUGGUAUCGUUUCAUGCUCUGAAUAUUUUUGCUAUAUCAUUACAUCCUCUGACUCUUAUGUGUUAUGUUAUAAGUUCGUUUUGUUACAAAAGGUUUCAACUUAGGUUCGAACACAGCAUUAUGGACAAAGCUUGGGUACAUCUAAACAGAGUUGAUCCUGGAUAUGAGAGAGGGGCUUCAAAGUUUGUCCGGGAUGUGGCUUCAGCAAUGGGAGGGGUUGAUGUUAUUGUAUGUCCGUGUAUUGACUGCCGUAACAUAGUUCGACAUUCAGCAAGUGUGGUACUUGAUCAUCUUGUUACUAGGGGUAUGGAGGAGGGUUAUAAGAUGCGGGCUGAUUGGUAUCUACAUGGAGAGUUGAACACAGAGGUUGCUGAUGAAAGCAAAGGAAGUGAGUGGAACGAUGAGAUCUAUGGGUUGUUCAGAGCUGCUGAGUGUUUUGAUGAAGAGUUAGCUGGUAUGGGGAAUCUAUCUGAUAUGGCAGAGGGAGAGGACAAGAAAGAAGAUGAGUUCUUGGCAAAGCUAGCUGACGCUGAAACACCAUUGUAUCCGAGCUGUUCAAGCCAUAGCAAGUUAUCUGCAAUUGUUUCGUUGUUCAGAUUGAAGACUCAGAAUGGAUGGUCUGACAAGAGCUUCAAUGAUUUGCUAGAGACCUUGCCAGACAUGUUACCUGAAGAAAAUGUCUUGCACACAUCACUCUAUGACGUGAAGAAGUUCUUGAAAUCAUUUGACAUGGGCUACGAGAAGAUCAAUGCUUGUGGCAACGACUGCUGCCUAUUCAGAAAGAGGUUCAAGAAGCUCGAUAAGUGUCCUAAAUGCAAGGCUUCAAGGUGGAAGACUAAUGUUCACACGGGUGAGACGAAGAAAGGCGUCCCACAGAAAGUUCUCCGUUACUUCCCUGUAAUACCAAGACUUAAGAGAAUGUUCCGGUCUGAAGAAAUGGCCAAGGAUUUGAGGUGGCACUUUACCAACAAAAGCAGUGAUGGAAAGCUGCGUCAUCCUGUUGAUUCUGUGACAUGGGAUCAUAUGAAUGCCAAAUACCCUACGUUUGCAGAUGAAGCAAGGAACCUGAGGCUGGGACUUUCAACAGAUGGAUUCAAUCCAUUCAACAUGAAGAACUCGAUGUACAGUUGCUGGCCUGUUCUGCUAGUUAACUACAACUUACCUCCAGACCUGUGCAUGAAGAAGGAGAACAUGCCAGGUAAGGGAGCACGUGCCUGUUACAGUUGAAAAUUGGAAAAAAAUUACUGAAGAAGUGAAGACAGUGCUUUGGAAAUCAGUCCAGGCAAGGUUUGAACUUGAUGAGGACCACCAAAGGGUUGCAGUUCUUAAGCAGAUGGGAGCCUUGUGGAGAUCAUCCAAGUCACGUCUUGUUACCCAAAUCAAUGAAGCUGAAAAUAACCAACAAAGGAUGAAUCUCAGACCUAAGAAUGUUCAUCCAAUUGAGUGGCGCAAAUUUGUGAAGCUAAAAACAAGCCAAGAAUUCAAGGUUCUGAGUGAUAGCUACAAAGAGAGGAGAAGCAAACAGAUUCCUCACACUUGUAGUAGAAAGGGAAUGGUUAGACUAGCAGAAGAGAUGAAAAAUAGUUCUGAAGACAAAUCUGAAGUGUCGAGACUUAAAGUCUGGGUGAGGUCACGUACAAGAAAAGAUGGAACUCCCAUCAACACAAAUGCUGCCGAGAAGAUUCAAAAGGCAGCUGAGAUUGUUAAGGGUGGUAGUCAGAGUGGAAAAAAUCUGGAUGAAGAUACGCUCAUCCAGGUCUUAGGACCUGAUAAUCCUGGUCGUAUGAGAGCAAUGGGGAGGAAUAUUAGUAAGACGAAAUUAGCUUGCUUCAAUGUCAACCAGAAGUCAAUUUCUGAAAUGCAACAGACACAAAUUCAUCUUAUGCAAAAGGUUAAUGAACUACAGUCUGAACUUGCGAAAGUAAAAAACCAGGUUAGUUACAUCUCCAAGAAUACAUAAAGAUAAGUGCUUAUCACAUAAUAAUAAGCUUUGUGUUGGGUUUAUGUUACAGAGAGAUGACAAUGAAGUGGGGGAAAACUCGGCUGCAAGAGUAAGCAAUUUAUAUGAGAUCAAUGGCAUUUUUUUUCUACUUUACACUACUCUUAUACUUUAACAACUGAACAUUUAACAGAGUGUGAACAAGAUACCACAAAAGAAGUGUCUUCUCAUUGACUGGGCUGAUGAAGAUGGAAACGUUGCUGAGGGUCGUAUCAUUUCUUCUGACCCUGAAGCCAUAGUGAAUGACAGUCGAUUAGGUCCUAAUGAUGUUAAAGUCUUGGUUGAUGAAGCUACUGAACCUGAAGCAUUCCUCUGGAGACCUGCGACUAACAUGUGCACAAUUAAGGAAGCUGUUGGUCAUAUUAUUGCAUGGCCGAAGAAAAAAUGCGUGGAACUAGGUCUGGGGCUUGAACAUGAAGACAUUGCACCACUGGGCUCAAGAGCAAAUUCUCUCAACAAAUGCAAACUUCUGGAUUUGUCUGAUGAUAGUGUAGUUGUUGGUGAAGGGCGUUGGCAGACAAAAGAACCAAAAGCAUUGGUUAAUGGACUUCCUCUAGGACCUAAAGCAGUUAAAGUAUUCUUGGAUGUUGUACAUGAGCAUGGAACAUAUUUAUGGAGGCCUACGAUGGAUCAUUCCUACCUGGAGGACUGCUUACAUUCUUUUAUGUCAUGGCCUGCUAGCAAAGUUGUCUUUGACAAUCCACCAGAAGCAACAAGAGGACAAUCUCCUACGGGUAUGAAAGUUACAUCGGUUGGUUAUAAGUCGCCUACUGAUACAAGUGGUAGAAAAGGUGCAAAAUCAGGAGCAACAACAUCAAUUCAUACUGACGAGUCUCCUGCAACUGAUCAGUGUCAGCUUAAGCAUGGAUCUCAGACAAUGAAACAGAAUCAGAAGUGCAAAUUGAUGGACAUUGGUGAGAGGAAACAAGUUGUUGCUGAAGGUCGUAUCCAUUCAACAGACCCAACUCAACUGGUCCACUUUGUGCGCUUGGGUCCGAAAGCAGCUAGAGUGUGGGUAGAUGCAGUGCUCGUAGAUGAUGCCGAAGUUUGGAGGAAAUCAGAUGAAAUAGAGAGUUUGAAAGAUGCACACGGUUCAUCAAUUGCAUGGCCAAUUGAUAAAUUGGUCAUAUUUUAAGCUGCUCAGCUGAGGGAAUGAAGAACUUAGGUCCAGAUUUAGCUAGUGUUUAAGCUAGGCUAAUGAACUUGAUGUAUGAUAUUAUUGCUUAUGACUUUGGUUUGUGUUUUAGAACUGCAUCAGUAACACUUAUGUGUAAUGACUUAUGUAUGUCAAACUUAUUUUAUGAUUGUGUUAGUUUGUUAUGAAGUUUCUGCUUUUUUUAUUACAAAUUUUCGAAAAUGCAAAUUCAUAGCUCGUGGACAAAAUAACAAUAGCUAAAAAAAAACAGUUAUGCUUGUAAAGCAUAGCAUUAAAUAUUUCAUAUAAUGUAAACUAUCAUAAUAUAUUUCUAAGCUAUUAAAAACUUUAGUAUAGCACUUAUCCACAGCAAUUACCAAAAUAAGCUAUUGCUAUUGUAGACGUUGCUACCAUGGCACACAAUACGUACCAUAAUCAAUUUGUAACAAAAAAUAACUGUGCCGUAGAUUCAUUAAUAACAUCAGCUAAUUAAUGCUAUCGUAAACGUACAUUUCGUAGCAUCAAAGAAAAACGCUAUUGUAGGGGGCCUACCUAUGAUGGCUGCCGUAUACACAGCAGUUGUGAAUUCGCUAUCAAAACUCUAACAUAGCAUAUAACCCGCGCUAACAAUGAGCAUUUUUCUUGUAGUGUCGCAAACCUCGCUCUUUCGAAAUUCAACGUUGUUCCGUCUACCUUGAUCGGGCGCCCUAGUCCCUUUGCUAUACCCAUCAGUAUCGUCUUGUGAUAGAAGUUUACUGGGAUAUGUGAUAAACGAACCCAAACUGGAGUCGUAACUAUCUCGUCUUUCAGUGGGUCAAAUUCAGGAGUCCAUGCUUGCACCAUAAGGUAGCUGCCAAAAGCUCUCCAUGGACCCCCUGAUAAUGCAGCCAUAUACUCCUCUUCCAACUCAAAGCGUACUAUAAAGAAGUUUCUAGGAAGAUCCAUGACAAACAUCGACCCUCUAGGCUUCCAUAGUUCUCUUAGUUUCCUAUUAAGGUUCGUGAUCGGAACGUUCCUUCCCAAAACCCUAACGAUCAUACAUCUCUUCCACAGACUAUUCAUAGCCGUUAAUACUUCCUCUCCUAUCAUUAUCACCGGUUCUCCAUCCUCACCAUUCGGAAACUCCAAUCUCAAUCUCGCCUCCACAAACUCUUCCCCCACAGCUUUCUCCGGGACAUGCCUUCCUCCCGCGUUGCCUCCUACAACUUUCUUCAGCCAAGAGCCAGGAGCAUCCGGAGGGUCGCCCGGUGGCCUUUCCUUCUCUCCAAUAUCCUCCAUAGUAGCAUCCUUUCCUGUCUCACCCAAAACCUCAAAAUCGCCUCUCAAAACCCUAGCCGUCAUAUUCUUUUUUAUCUUAUCUUUUGUCAAAUUAUUAACAGGUGGGUUUCAUUUUUUCCACUAAAUUUUUCAUGGAUGGAUAAAUGAAUAUAUAAAUUUUUUUUUUAAUUUUUCAGUUCCUCAAAUUAACUGGUGGGUCCCACGUCUAGUCAUACUACAUUACAAAAUAACACAAUACACUAUGAUACUUUAAACCUGUUCGGAGAAAUUUAUAAAUCAUGAUACCAGAAUAAAAACUAAGAUUAUUGUCUAAAAAAUUUUGUUUUGACUCAUCUCUUUCAUUUCAAACACAUAUCCUUCUGCUGCAAAAAUGAAGAAUCCAUUUCUUUUGGCUAUUUUCCUUGUUGGCGCCCUCGCUUUACAAGAUACAAGAAGCAGGGAAGAAGAAAGACUCACUUUUAUAGACAAAAGGCUUGAAGUAGUGUACCCAGUGAUCCAGGGAUUCAAGUCACUCAUCACCCUCGACCCGUUUAAGGUAACACAGACAUGGAUAGGUUCAGAAAUUUGCAGUUACAGAGGCUUUCACUGUGACAAUCCUCCGGACAACAAAACCGCAAUCACUGUCGCUUCCAUCGAUUUCAAUGGCUUCCAGCUCUUUGCUCCCUCCAUCGAAGGAUUCAUCGAUCAACUCCCAGACUUAGCUCUGUUUCAUGCAAAUUCAAACAACUUUGGUGGUACUGUCCCUUCCAAGAUCGUUAAUCUCAAGUAUCUCUAUGAACUCGACAUCAGCAACAAUAAAUUCACCGGUCAGUUUCCGACCGCGGUAGUUGGUAUGCCUGGUUUGUCAUUUCUUGACAUCCGUUUCAACUCUUUCUCCGGUUCAAUCCCACCACAAAUCUUUGGUCAGAACCUCGACGUUCUCUUCAUUAAUGACAACACCUUUACUGCGAGCCUCCCGGAGAUACCUGGCGAUAGUCACAUCCUUUUUCUAACUUUAGCAGACAAUAAGUUCAACGGUCCUCUCCCGAGAAGCAUCCUAAGAUCUAUGACAACGUUAACCGAGAGAAAGUGGAGCAGCUCAACUUUGCUGGGAAUCUCUUGUUUGGGGCAAUCCCAGAUGCAGUGUGCAUGUUCCUCCGAGAGAAUCUUGUCAACUUUUCCUUGUCUGAUAACUAUUUCACACACGUGGGGCCAUGGUGUAAGAUUUUGGUUGAAAGAGGUGUUCUUGAUGUUAGGAAUAACUGUAUUCCUUUCUUCCCAGGACAAAGAUCUAUUGAAGAAUGUGCGGAGUUCUUUGUCAAACCUAAUUACUACUGUCCUCACGCAUGGUUUCAUAGUUUUCUUCCUUGUAGAUAUUCUCACAUAUCUUCUUCCUCUGCUAGUGAUUUUAUGCCCAUGGUGGCUCCCUCACCUUGAUGUUCAUCAUCAUAUAUAUCAGCGUGUUUGUUCUCUUCAUUGUAAUGAAAAUAAUCGAAUUAUGUUUCCA